CAAGCAUCAUGCUGGGCUUCUUCCUCCUGGUUUGUAUUUUGUCAAGUGCAACAUGCUCAGAGGUUCUGAUCCGUCACAGAAGGGUCUGGAUUAUUGACUCCUUUGAGAUUGAGGAGGAGCAUCCUGGGCCAUUUCCUUACAAGUUGGGCACGAUAAAUGUAGACCGGAAGUAUCGAGUCUUCUUUGAACUGACUGGUGAAGGAGUGGACGAGGAGCCAAAGGGAGUUCUCUCCAUCCACAGAGAGUCUGGAACGCUGUACGUCCACAAGGCUGUAGACUAUGAGGAGAGGUCCCUGCUAAAGCUCAAAUUUGAGGCCAGAAAGUCGGAUUUAUCGACAGACACUAAAUUAGGGGUGGAGGUCAUCAUCCGGGACAUCAACGACAACCCACCACGCUUUCAGAAAGAUCUGUAUGAAAUCGACGUGAACGAAGAUUUAACACAAGGCUCUCAUCUCCUGACUGUGCUGGCAUCUGACAGAGACCAGAGAGGAACACCAAACUCCACCUUUCACUAUGAAGUCAAGUCUGUGUCUCCAAACCUUCCAGACGCCGAGUUCUUCACCGAUAAGUCGGGGCUGAUCUCAUUUAAAGGAUGUUUGAAUUAUGAGGCGGCUAAACGAGUGAUCGUACUGGUGGAAGCCAAAGACCACGGCGAAGUUAUCAGUCUGUCCAGCUCAACCACCGUCGUCAUCAACGUCAAGGACGGCAACAACCACCUUCCAGUCAUCAGCGGUCAAACAGGGACUGGCAAAGUGAAGGAGGAUGAGACCGGCUCGUCUCCGCUGCGGCUGCACGUGACAGACGGAGACAGUCCCAAGACUGAGGCAUGGCGUGUGAAAUAUACUAUACAUGGUGAUGACGUUGACCACUUCAGGGUAGAAACGGAUCCAGACACCAAUGAUGGGGUGCUGACAGUAGUAAAGCCUUUAGACUUUGAGAAAGGAGCACAGAGGGAACUGACGAUCUCGGUGGAAAACGAGGCUCCUUAUUUCUCCUGUAAAGUGGAAGAGAAGACGCCCUCUGGCCUCUGGAGAGUGGACACCAGCACAGGCGCUGAUUCUGCUGCUGGCCAGCCUCAUUCUGUGAAGGUGGUCGUCGAAGUGGAGGAUGUCAAUGAUCCACCAGCCUUCAGCGUAAUGGUGAAAGAGGCCCAGCUGGAGGAGAAUGCCGCCAUUGGAACCUGGGUAGAGAAGGUGACAGCUGUGGAUCCUGACAUGAGCCAUGCAAGCAGUUUUGUUUACAAGGUGGGGCAUGAUCCCGCAGGCUGGGUGACGGUAGAUCCUCACACGGGGGACAUCACCACAGUGAAGACGCCGGACAGAGAAUCUCCUCACGUUAUCAACGGCCUCUACACUGUCUUAAUGCUUGCUGUUGAUGAUGGUGAUCCACCCAUGACAGGCACAGCUACAUUGCAGAUCCGAGUGACGGACAAGAAUGACAACGUGCCAAAGCCAGCAGUGAGCUUUAUAGAUGUGUGUCUGUCUGACAGCGCCACAACCACCAACAUCACGGCCUUCGACCCGGACGGAACUCCCUUCGGAGGGCCUUUCACUUUUGAAUUGCUGGGAAAUGUCAAAGGGAAAUGGAAACUGAAUCCUACAUAUGGUUACACAGCUGGUCUGGUGAAAGAGCCUGAUGUUUACGCCGGCCAUCACACAGUUGACCUGAAGAUUUCUGAUAUGCAGGGGACCUUUGGUGUCUACAACCUCAGUGUAACCGUGUGCGACUGCUCCGAGACGCCAAACUGUCGGAGCAGACAAACCACAGGAGGAAAAGCUGGCUCUGGUGCUAUCGCCAUAGUGCUGGUUUCACUGCUCCUGUUUCUGUUUCUGCUGUUUGCAGUUUACAUUUCCUGCAAACAAGAGUUCACUGCUUUGCAGCCCAGUGAUGGCUCCGAAGAAAUCCUUGUAGCCUCAAACAUCGAAAUACCAGGAAAAGACUGCAAGAGACUCUCGGCUCUCUGGGAGACAGAAAACCACCUGGACUACAGGCCUCACUUCUACACAGAGGAGGGAUCCUGCGCCAGCCUCACAGAGCUCGAUGCCAUUGUUCCCGAUGAGGACUCGAUUCAGGACCUACUCAAUGACCUGGGACCAAGGUUUAAUGAACUGGCUUCUGUUUGCGAGCCACUGCAAACCAGCAACUGA